UCAAUAAUAACGGGCCCGGUAAUGUUGUAUUUUAAUUGGGUCGGGCCGCAGCAUUCUAAAUUCUAAUGCAUGAAGAAGCGUCUGUCGGCAACUUGCUCGUUUCUCCCCGGAGUUGUUCUUCCUUCUACGCAACUCACAUUUCAACGAUUCUCAAAUCCCUAAUUUUUUCCCCUUUCUCUCCUAUUUAUUUUCGUUUUAUAAGUUGUCAUUUGAUCAAAGGAAGAUUCAUCAGAACAGAAGCAUCUUUAGGUCUAAGUGAGAAGUCUCUUGUAGCUUUGAUGGCAGGAUUGAUCGGCCCUAGGGUGUACAGUUGCAGCAAUUGUCGAACUAAUGUUGCUCUUCAUGAUGAUAUCAUUUCUAAAGCUUUUCAGGGAAGAAAUAGUAGAGCCUUUCUCUUUUCCCAUGCCAUGAACAUUGAUGUGGGACCAAAGGAGGACAGAAAUCUCAUGACGGGUCUCCACACAGUUGCGGAUGUCUCUUGCUCAGACUGCCGUGAGGUGCUUGGUUGGAAGUAUGAACGAGCUUAUGAAGAAUCUCAGAAGUACAAAGAAGGCAAAUACAUACUGGAAAAGUCCAAGAUUGUCAAGGAUAAUUGGUAGCUGUUGUACAAGUCACCCUCUUCUUCUUUAUACUGUCCUGCAUGAAGUCAUCGGUUGGAAGUAUGAAUGACCUUAUGAAGAAUUGCAUAAAUACAGGAAUAUAGGAUUUGUCAAAAGUAAAUUAUUGUGAAGCUUCCCUUUUACUCUCGUCCGCAUUUUCUUGUGUUUUUUUUCCUUUGUUUGUUUGGGUGGGUGGGGGUGGAUUAAGUUUGUUGAUUGUUCUCUAUUCUUAAUAUGUCAUUGUUGGUACUAAAUGCGUCAAAAUAUCAGAUUUCUUUGUGGUUUAUACAAGGAGAGAUCUCGUUGA